GCCAGGGGCAGCAGCCGACGCCGCGAUGGCGGGAUGUUUGACUCCGAGGUUCAGGAGGCUCCGGAGUCAGAGCGAGCUACGGCCGAGGCCGGGGAUCGGGCGGCGGCGAGAUUGUGAUGGCCCUUUCCAAGCAACUCAGCUGUGGAAUAGUAUUAUUCAUGCUCUUCACAGCCAAGUGGAAAUCAAAAGACGUAGGCAACAUCUGAAAACAUAUAAGAACUGUUUCACGGGCUCAGAUGCCGUUGAUGUUGUUCUAAGCCAUCUUAUGCAAAGCAUGUACCUAAGCUGCAAUGAUAUAUCUCGGCUGAAGGGAGUCCGUGUAUGCCAAGCAUUGAUGGAUCACAAGGUGUUUGAGCCAGCUGGAGCAAAGCUUUGCUUGUUCAAGAAUGAGAAAGAAAUGGUGUUUGAAGACACAAACACUAGUCUCUAUAAAUUUGUAGAUAGUGGUCUUACUCCUCUUCUUCCAAGAAAGAAUAAAGACAAUCAAGGCUUGUCUCCAGGGAAAAUCUGCAAACAGAAGACAAAAAGAUAUUCCAAAACAAAGUGUGAAACAACACUUUCAAACCCCUUAGCAUUAGAAGCAGCUGAUAAAAAGAGGGUGGAGGAGCUUCUUCGGCCACUAAACAUUCAUGCAUCUUUACCUCCAAGGAUCAUGGUUAAUGAACCAACUCAUCUGCUUUCAAAAAGAGUAAUAGAUGAUGUGUGGAAAGAGCAAACACUGCUACGACUGCUGCAGUUAAUUGAUGUUCCAUUUUUAGAAGACAUUCUGGUGUCUUCAGUGAAGCAAAAACCAGACUGUUUUGGCAAAGAAGAAGACCUGAUUAUUUCAAAUACUUUCCUGGACAGAGAGGUUACGUGUAGUUUGAACCUGCCUGAGCUUGACAAUUGGCUCUAUGCUGCAAUUGAAUGCUUGGAGUAUUUCCCAGACCAGUUCAUAGUGAUGGUUACUCAGCAGUUACCUCAAAGUGCUAACAAACUGAACAGUCUGAAUACAUACAAGAAGAUUCUUUUUGACGUUAUAAUAAAGUACUAUAGCCAAAAGAAGGACUCCCUUCUUGCCACUCAGGAUCUCAAUAUUCAUUCAGGAAUCACAGAACUUAUAGAAAAAGGAAAAACAGAUCAAGCUCUAGAGGCAUCACAACUUUAUUUUAAAUUAUUAGCACCAAAUAUCAGAGAAGAACUACACAGACUCCUGACAUUUGCAGCCAUUGCAUCUGAACCUGAGGGCUACAAAUUACAAAAACAAUUUGAUAACAGAUCGGUGAUCAUCAAGACUUGCACAAAGUUCAUCUUGGAAAAUAAGACCUUGUCUAAAGCACAGGCAGAGCUGCUUACUCAGUUUCUGAUGGACAAUCAUUCUGAACUCUUCAAGACACCUUUAACUCUUCUGGAACUAACCAGCAGGAAACUUGAGAGUUUGCUAGAAGGACAAGAUCCAGAUAUUGAUUCAGGGUUCACCUUCUGUCAGCGUGUGACAACUAAAGAAUACGAAGAUCAAAAACAACAAACAAAUCAGUAUCUUCUAGCAUUGGUCAAAGAGAUGGACAAUGACCCCACUAUUACUUUGAAGCAGAAGAAGAAAUUAGUUAAAGAAUUCCGAAAAUACCAUUCUCUUAUCUAUUGUGGUGGUUGUAAAACUGCAUGUGAAUUUUGUACUCCAAAUGGUUAGACAUCAAUACAGCUUUUAUUAAAAAAGAAAAAAUUAAAAAUGGGGGGAAUGCAUAUGAAAAUUUCUGAUGUUACCAACCAUUUUCUUCUUAUCUCCUUACAUCUUCAGUUCCAGGAUCCUAUCACAAUUACUAUGCUGCUGAAAGGUAUUAAUUCUGAUUUGUGACUCUUCUAAGCAAAAUUUACUUAGUUACUUUCAAGGUAGUAAUAAUGGCACACAGUUUGUGCUGGUUUUAGUUCAGGUUUUUGGCACUUUUUUUCUUAGUUCCUGCAAUCCCAUGGAUUUCUAGCUGAGCCAAGCCUAUAGAAGAGCCAUGCUUGGGUUGAAAAACUGAAGUUUUUAAUUCUUCUUAUCUCUAGUUCAUAAUCUAAUUGUUAUCUAAUCUUAAACUGUAGAUUGUGACUCCUAGGAGUACUGUAAAAGUCUACAAAGUAUGUCCAAAAUAUUAGGAGCAGGUCAGUGGAUUUUACAUCUGUGGCAGACAAGAUUCAUUAGGUGGGGGAGCUGUCUGCUCUUUUCCCACUGUGGCAGUCUGAGCUGCUGCUAAUUUAGCAGUUGCACAAAAGCAAGUAAGAAAAUUACAUUUUGAAAAAAAAGAGAAAUAAUAAUAAUAAUAUAAAAUCUUCUUUGCUCCCUCCCCUGAACCUUCUCAAGGCUGAAUAAUUGCAGCUCUGUCAUCCUUCUCCCUGUAUGAUACAUGGUCCAACCCCUUACCAUUUUCUCAAUCCCUAUGCUGGGCAGCUCUACUAUGGCCAAGAUUUUUAUUGUAAAUAUGCUUCUUUAGGUGCCUGUAUCCUUAAAUGCUGUUCAGAUGAAUGUGGUCAAGUUACCAGGAUACCAAAGCCUUCUGAAAGAAAAGUGCUGGGUUUUUUCUUUCAUAAAUUGAAGUGGCUACUCUGUUAGCUAUAACCAGCUGUGUGUAC